AUGAUAGCUGCAAUCGACUUGCAUCAUUGUAUACUCACCACCUCCUCAAUUGCAAAAAUGGAACAGUUUAACAACUACCAGGGAUCAUGGUUCGAAGUGAUGACCAGCAACAAAGAUAAGCUUACUCUCGCCAUUUCAACAAUGAUCUUGGCUACUUUCUUCUACAGGUGGACAUUUUCGAGGUCCUCCAUUAAUGGUGGACCAUGUUUGCCACCAGGCCCCCGUUCCUUGCCAAUUGUAGGCUACCUUCCAUUUCUUUCCCGUGACCUACACAAACAGUUCUUUAACAUGGCUCACAGUUAUGGUCCCAUUUUCAAGCUCCACAUGGGAAGCAAACUUCACGUCGUGAUAAACACCUCCGACCUUGCAAAGGUGGUGGUUCGUGAACAAGACGAGAUCUUUUCCAACCGUAAUGCAACAAUCGCUGCAGUAGCAAUCACUUAUGGUGGCCGAGAUGUAGUGUGGUCUGACAACAACAAGGAUUGGCGCAACCUUCGUAAGAUAUUUGUCCAUGAGGUCCUAAGCCACAAGAAUCUCGAAGCAUCAAGGUAUUUUCGUAGGGAUGAAGUUAGGAAAACUAUCAAAAAUGUCUACAGUAAAAUCGGGAAAACAGUCGACAUUAGCGAGAUUGCUUUCUCAACAGAGGCCAAUGUCCUCACAAGCAUGGUUUGGAAAAACACUUCGGAUGAAAAAGCAAAUGGAGAUCAGAUUGCAGCCGAGUUGCAGAUCGUUGUUGCAAAUAUCGUGGAGUUGAUAAGCAAGCCAAAUAUGUCUGAUAUCUUCCCUAGUCUUGCAUGGCUUGAUCUACAAGGCAUCGAGGGGAACAUGAAGAGGCAACUCGAUCGGUUGGAUCGAAUUUUUACAAGAAUUAUUGACGAUCGAAUCCGAUCUAAUUACUCCAACAAAUCCAACGAUGGAGUUGUUCAUGAAGGAAAGAAAGAUCUUUUACAAACCUUUUUAGAGCUCAUGGACCAAAAAUAUCCAACAUCAAUUAACAUCACGCAAAUAAAGGCACUUAUCCUGGACAUUAUGGUUGCAGGAACAGAAACAACGACAACGCUAAUAGAAUGGGCAAUGGCUGAGAUUAUGCAAAAUCACGACACAAUGAAAAGGAUUCAAGAAGAAUUGCUACAAAUUGUAGGACCCAACAAGAUUGUGGAAGAAUCUCAUCUCCCAAAACUACAAUACCUAGAUGCGACUAUUAAGGAAAUAUUCCGGUUGCACCCUGUACUUCCAUUCAUACUCCCAAGGUCGCCAAGCCAGGAUUGUGUUGUAGAUGGAUACACGGUUCCAAAGGGUAGUAUGGUCAUUAUUAAUGUUUGGGCAAUCCAUAGGGAUCCUCGGUAUUGGGAGAAUCCAUUGGAAUUCAAUCCGGAGAGGUUCUUGACAAACAAAUAUGAUUCGAAAGGAAGCAAUCUAAACUUCUUCCCGUUUGGAUCUGGGAGAAGAUUGUGUCCGGGUGUUCCAUUGGCGGAGAAGAUGCAAAUGUAUAUAUUGGCCUCGCUCUUGCACUCGUUUGACUGGAGCUUGCCUAAGGGUGAAGACCAUGACCUUUCGGAAAAAUUUGGCAUUACUUUAAAGAAAAGAAAACCAAUGUUCGCAGUCCCAUCACAAAGGUUGUCCGACGUUGAGCUCUAUAUGUAG